AUUCAUUAAAAGAAGAAUGAACCAUAAUCCUUGAAGAUAACUGAGCAUUUUUCCUUCAGUAUCAUUUUUGAUAAUAGAAAUUCAAGUGGCAUCAGAGGUGCUUCUUAUCGGUGUAGAGAUUUGUACCAGUCUUCAUUUUGUCAACAGAGAUCAACAGACCACUUUUAGAGGAUAUUUGAACCCCCUUCCUUAACUGUCCUUGAUGGCAGAAAUUUAGUUUGGUUGUGUCAUUUUGACUUGUGUUUGAGUCUAGGUUUUAUGGCACAGUAAUGGCAUGAACUUUUAACACGUGCUUUAUUUUAGAAAAGCAAAACAACCAUACCAAACCAUUGCAUUGAAUUUGGACACCUUGAAUUGAGAACUUGAUAGCUUUGUUUUACGUAUACCUGAAGAACUCAAGAACACAAAAGCUUCCUUAGAAGUGUGCCUCUGAAGAUUAUAUUCUUAGUUACUAGAAGCAAAACGAGAAAUUUUAUAGCAUUUGAAGGAAAUUAUACUAAGAUGUAAGGGCCAAAGCAAAGUUGCAAAAUCUGUUGUUUAUCUUUGGAGAUUAAAAUUUUCUAUGAGUAAGUUAUAAGUGUUUGUAUACAUUAUUCUCUCUUCAAAGAAGCAACUAAGUAAAAAUGCAAAUAUCAGACUUAAUUUUUUAAAUAGUGUAGCAAUGGAGAACCUUCAGACAAAUUUCUCCUUGGCUCAGGGCUCAAAUAAAAAACUGAAUGUGAUGGGAGAUGAUGGUAGCCCACCAGUGAAAAAAAUGAUGACAGAUAUUCAUACAAACGGAAAAACGAUUAAUAAGGUGCCGACGGUAAAGAAGGAACAUCUGGAUGAUUAUGGAGACACACCGAUGGAAACUGAUGGAGAACAUGUCAAGCGAACAUGUACUUCCCUGCCUGAACAUUUAAAUUUAAAUCCCAGUUUGAAACACACAUUGGCACAAUUCCAUUUAAGUAGUCAGAGCUCUCUGGGUGGACCAGCAGCAUUUUCCGCUCGGUAUUCCCAGGAAAGCAUGUCACCCACUGUAUUUCUGCCUCUUCCGUCUCCUCAGGUUCUUCCUGGCCCGCUCCUUAUCCCUUCUGAUAGCUCCACAGAGCUCACCCAGACUGUUUUGGAAGGGGAGUCUGUUUCUUGUUUUCAAGUUGGAGGAGAAAAGAGACUCUGUUUGCCUCAAGUCUUAAAUUCUGUUCUCCGAGAAUUUUCACUUCAGCAGAUAAAUACAGUGUGUGAUGAAUUAUAUAUAUAUUGUUCAAGGUGUACGUCAGACCAGCUUCAUAUCUUGAAGGUCCUGGGAAUACUUCCAUUCAAUGCUCCAUCCUGUGGGCUGAUCACAUUAACUGAUGCACAAAGACUGUGUAAUGCUUUAUUGCGGCCACGAACUUUCCUGCAAAAUGGUAGCAUACUUCCUGCUAAAAACUCUUUGGCCCAAUUAAAGGAAACUGGCAGUGCCUUUGAAGUGGAACAUGAAUGCUUGGGCAAAUGUCAGGGUCUGUUUGCACCUCAGUUUUAUGUGCAGCCUGAUGCUCCAUGUAUUCAGUGUCUGGAGUGCUGUGGAAUGUUUGCACCCCAGACAUUUGUGAUGCAUUCUCACAGAUCACCUGACAAAAGAACUUGCCACUGGGGCUUUGAAUCAGCCAAAUGGCAUUGUUAUCUUCACGUGAACCAAAAAUACUUAGGGACACCUGAAGAAAAGAAACUGAAGAUAAUUUUAGAGGAAAUGAAGGAAAAAUUUAAUAUGAGAAAUGGAAAGAGAACUCAUUCCAAGACUGAUACUCCAUCAGAACUGGAAUUGCAGUCAUGGUAUCCAGUAAUAAAGCAGGAGGGUGAACAUGUUUCUCAGACACAUUCAUUUUUACACCCCAGCUAUUACUUAUACAUGUGUGAUAAAGUAGUUGCCCCAAAUGUGUCACUUACUUCUGCUGUAUCCCAUUCUAAAGAGGUCACAAAGACAGAGGCAAGUAAAUCUGUAUUAAGACAGUCAGAGAAGCCUCAUAGUAGCAGUAAAUAUCAAAAAACAGUGUCUUAUCCAGAUGUCUCACUUGAAGAACAAGAGAAAAUGGAUUUAAAAACAAGUAAAGAGUUAUACAGCCGUUUAGAUACAUCAUUCUCAAGUAAUUCUACAAGUAAAAAGAAAUCUGAUUCUGCCACCUGUGACUUAAUAAGAGACACAAGCAAGCAUGAUGCUGUACCUUCAUCCCCACUUCUUGUCAAAGAUGUUACUUGUGAGGAUGAUAAGGGAAAGAUCAUGGAAGAAGUAAUGAGAACUUACGUAAAACAACAAGAAAAGCUGAACUCAAUUUUGCAAAAGAAGCAACAACUGCAGAUGGAAGUGGAAAUGUUGAGUAGUUCAAAAGCUAUGAAGGAACUCACUGAAGAACAACAGAAUUUGCAGAAGGAGCUGGAAUGUUUGCAGAAUGAACAUGCUCAAAGAAUGGAAGAAUUUUAUGUUGAACAGAAAGACUUAGAGAAAAAAUUGGAGCAGGUAAUGAAGCAGAAAUGUACCUGUGACUCAAAUUUAGAAAAAGACAAAGAGGCUGAAUAUGCAGCACAGUUGGCAGAACUGAGACAGAGGUUGGAUCAUGCUGAGGCGGAUAGACAAGAACUCCAAGAUGAACUCAGACAGGAACGGGAGGCAAGACAGAAGUUAGAGAUGAUGAUAAAAGAGCUAAAGCUGCAAAUUUUGAAAUCAUCAAAGACUGCUAAAGAGUAGAAACUGUUAAAAGAGAUUCAUCCGUGUAUUACAGGGUUUUAUUGUUUGUUGCUUGCUUUGAUAACUGAAUCCUGAAUAUUUUAUUUGCAUGAGGAUAACUACACAUUCUGUCCAUUUGUAGAUCAGAGAAAGUGAAGAGAUUAUAUAUUAGUACAUAAAUUUUUACAUUUUUCAAAUGAAUGAAAACCUAUGUUUCUUUGUACAUUUAACCCCCGGUCAGCUUGGUAACAAUAGUGUAUGGUUUCAACUAGUAGACAAUUACCUAUAUUUGUAAUGCAAAUUUAAUAAUUGUAUACCUUUUAAAAGCUGCAUUAUGUGAUGGAUAAUAGCCGUGGUCAAUUUUGUUACCCAUAUUUCAGAUUCAGUUUUAGAUCCAGUGGUGGCAACAGAAUUCAAAUAUGUAAUACAGCGCUACCCAAGGAGUUGAAUUUUCAUUUUUCUUAACACAAUCUACUUUUAAGUUGAUAUAGUAUACUCAUUAUUAUACACAAAAUUGUCUAUUACUUUGCCCAAACUGUGGAAUGAAUUCCCACCAGUUUUUUCCUUUUAAUGUCUCCUGAGAGAGAUUUCAUUAAUGAAGUUAUAGCAUACCCCAUGGACACAGAGAGGAAGUAUGACAUGCUUUGUUUGUUGUUCAUUGCUGUUAAACACAAAAAGCAGUUGUAUUUUGUCUUUUAGUUUAAAUGUGGUUGUAUUUAGAAUUUUUUGCAGUAAAUUCAGAAAAUUAAUUUCUAAACUUCUGUUAAUGGUAUUAAUAGUGGUGUGAAAAUAUUAAUGUUCUUGAGAAAAACUGAUUCCAUUGAUGUACAUUAGUUUCUAUAUGAUUCAUAAUCUUCCUGUACAGUUUUUAUAUGUAGUUAUGGGUCUUAAUGAAAUUUAUAUAAUGAAUUUGUUUCCCUUUAAAUUAUAAAGUAUUAAACAGCUUGAAAGGUUAUUUUGGACUUUUGUAUGUUUAAAUGUUAUCUUACCAAAAUUUGCACAAAUGGACCAUUUUCAGUUACACUUUAAUAUCAAAAUCAGGAGUUUACAGUCAAUAAUAGAGUUUGAUAGUUUAAUACAGGACAGUUUAAUUAUUUGCUUCUCAAGGUUUUUAGAUCAUUUUUAGAUGGCAAAAGAAUUCCACAGUUUGGGGAAUGGCAACAUCUGCACUUUUUUUUUUUUUUGCACAGAAAAGUCAUUUUAAAUAGAAAAUUUCACAUUAGCUGAUUCUUAGCUUAAAGGUAAAGUUCUCAUUGUGCAUCUUUUUAAAGAAAGUUUUCUGAAACUACCAUGGACAUUAUUCUAUGAAUUUUCUUUUUCAUGUUCUCUCGUAAGGUACUAUAUGACAUUACUCAAGCUAUUUUUCUUUUUUAAGUUCUUUUUUUUUUUUUUUUUUUGAGUGCUGGAAAUUGAACUCCGGACCUUGCGCUUGCUAGGCAGGUGCUUGUGCCGCUGAGCUGUAUCCCCACCCCUAUUUUAUUUUUUAAAAUUUGUCAGUUUUAUACUGUUUGCAGCAUAGAAGAUACUUUAAUGAUACAGAACUUCAAAACUCUCUUAGGUUAUCGUGUAAGUAGCUGUUUUCAUAUUUUGUUUAAUGGUACUCACAUAUCCAAAAAGAACUUUUAUACUUCCCAGUUUCUUUAAAUAUAGUGUAUUCUAAUGUGUAUUUUGUAUUUAAAUUUUAUUAACCCUGUAAUAUGAUUUGUUGAUUCUUGGAGUCUCUUCAAGGAUGAACAAAUGUUAAAAUAAUGCAUAAAAGUAAAUGUUUAAAAUGACAUAUUCUCCCAGUGCCAUUUAUUUAGAUUUGGGCAAAGAAAAAUCACAGACCUUUAUGAUACAGCUUUAUUUGGUUGUAAGGUAAUUAUGUCACAAGUCACCUUUUUGGGGAGACAAACUCAAUCAACUUUAAUUUCAUUUAUUUUUCUAAUUUACUCAAAAGCUUUUUGCUGAUUUUAUUUAGUAAAUGGUAAGCUUACCUAGGUUUCAACCCAAAAUGUCUAAAAUAAAUUGCUUAUCUUUGAGAUAUUUUAUUUUAGAAUUCUUAACAGGUCCUUAAACACCAUUAAAUUAUUUAUAAACUCUUGAUUUAGAAUUGAGUAAAGAAAUUUUUUUCUAAUCUUUACAUAAUGCAAACUUGCCACAUGACAUUGUAUAGUCUUCAUUUUCCAGAAGAAACAUGGAUGUGCCAUAGGUUUCUAACUUCCUUGAGAAUAGUUUUUUAGUCAGUUGUAAAUAUUACUGUUAAAAGUAACUAAGAUAAAUUGUACCACAUAGCUUGAAAACAAUAUAGAGAUUUUGUAAUACUUAAAAAGUGACCUCUGCUAAAAAUCUUACCCAUAUAGAACUUAUUCUUCUAUUUCUUGCAUGCUCAUUUUGUGUGCUGGUUGCUAACUUAAAGUUUGUUUUGGUGUUAGUUUUGUGUGCCAAGUUCAUUAGGCAAGCAGCUUUUUCCUCAGACGUCAUAAUAUUCUUUUGGGAAAGAUAAAAACGUUUACUCUACAAAGCUGCACUAAAGGAACAGCCCCUAAAGAGUUUUGCUAGAGCAUCUUUAGAAAGAAGAAAGAACAUUAGCUUACUAGGUGAUGAGUGAUGUUAAAUUGGGUGGGUGGUCACAUUUUCUAUAGUUUAAACUUUAUGAGAAAAAUAAACCAAAUCUUUAAAGUCAGUCAAUAUAAAACCUGCUGUCAUUGAGGAAACUCUUAAACCACACAAAUUUUACAAAUGCAGCCUUUAAUGCUAUGAGAAGAUUUUGCCAAUAACUUAAGUUUGGCUUGUGCUUUAAUUUUUGUGAAAUGUGUUUUUUUGCCUGCAUUUCUGUGUCUGGGAGAAUUAGGAUGUUUUAUGCUUCUUGAACUAAUUUUAUAACAUAUUUAAUAUAUUACCAGGUUAGAUAUAAAAUCACUUGUAAAUAUUGAAUUAUAAAGCAGUUAUUAAAGUAGGUGAAAUCAAGUGCUAGGAUAUUUGCAGGUUACUCAUAUCUUUUAGAAGUCACAGACAGUUCUUUUGCACAUCUGUGGUUUCUAUUUGAAGGAAAAUAAAAUGAAAGGGCAACUCUAAUGUAAAACAUGCUGAAGGCAUUUCCCUAGAAUUAAUGGCAGAGUUAGCACUGAAGGUUUUUGAUCAGCUUCUGAAGUUUUCUUCUCAAUGAUAUAUGUUUUGAUUAUUUAGGAAAGAAUACUCAUUUGUUUAUUUUCCCAUUAUGCGUUUAAUCCACAUGACAUUAAAAAUUAAUAUAAUGGAAAAUUGUGCUCAUACUGUACAUUUAUUCCUGUGCUUGGAACUACUUGUUAAUAGUUUUUAUUGAUGCUGGCAGCAAUAAAGAACAUAUAACUGCUAUAUUAUAUGUUGUGGAAUUGAAUAAUUUAAACAGUUUAAAAAUUUUUCUAGUGUAGGAUAUUAAGCAUUUCCACUAUUGGAAGAAAAGCAUAUGGUUAUUUUAUAUUGCAUUUUGUCUAAAGGACAGUCUUUUUUUCUUUUUAAUGUUUCCACUUAAAUGGCUUCUAAACUAGAAUGCAAUUUGUAGCUUGUUUAGAAAUAGAAUUAAACGUCUUAUGUAGUGCUAUUUUUUAAUUUGGAGGUGAUCAAUUGUAAAAACAAACUUAAAAAUUAAGCCCAGAAAAGAAAGUAGUGUUUAAAGUUAGUUUAAUGUAAGAGAAAUUUAUAAGAUUUUUUUCUCCAAUAGAUACCUCACUUGAAAAUAAAGCACAGCAUACUGAAAUUAGUUCUAGUAGAAACAUCCUACUAAAACAGUUGUGAAAUCUAGAAUAUCUUUUGAGAAAUUCGAGUUUGUGAGAAAUAAAACAUACUUGGCUUUUAACUAUUCUGUUAAAAGUACUUGUUUAUCCUGAUAAUUUUAAGCCAACAUAGCAGUCUUAAGUUAUUUCUGAAUUUCUAACCUGUGAAGGCAGUCAUUGAAUUAACUUGUUCUGUAACUGUUGAAACAAAUUGAUUAUAUUGACCAUAAUUUGAUUUAUAAUUUUGCAAAUGAUGUACAGUUUUAUGAUUAAAAUUGCUGUGGUUGGUUGCAUUACAUGACAUACAAAACUGUCCUACCUCACGUGAAUAAAUAUUUUAUAUGGUUUUACUAAAAAAUAAGACUCAUCUAUCUGGUCACUUAGUUUACGAAUUUGAAUUUAUUGAAACAUGACAUACUGUGCCCUUAGCUUAUACCUCAACUGUAUUUUGUGUUGUUUUCCAUUUUCAUGCCUUGUAAAUAACUUGUAUAGAUUGUGGAUCAAAUUCCAAAUAAAAACUUUUAAUGCCAGUGA